AGUCGCAGCAACAACUUCUCAUAAACACCGUUUGGUUUGACCGGUGUGUCGGUACGGGUCUGGACAGCCUGGAAGGAAACAGGUUGGAGUCCAGCGGAGUUUACGAGAAAAGUCAGGUAACAAUGGGGUCCAUGUUUCGCAGUGAGGAGGUGUGCCUGGUGCAGCUCUUCCUUCAGUCCGGCUCGGCCUACAACUGUGUCAGUGAGCUGGGAGAGCUGGGCCUGGUUGAGUUUAGAGAUUUAAAUCCAAACGUGAACUCCUUUCAGAGGAAAUUUGUCGGGGAGGUCAGAAGAUGCGAGGAACUUGAGAAAACUUUUACCUUCCUGGAGCAGGAGAUCAAUCGCUCCCUGUCUCCGCCCUUGCAGGGUCCCCUCCCUCCUCCAUGUCCGACACCUUUGGUCCCUCAGCCCCGCGAACUCAUCACCAUAGAGGAGGAGAGCGAGAGGCUGGCCAGAGAGCUCAAAGAGGUGUCCAGGAAUAGAGACAGCCUUCGGGCUCAGCAGACCCAGCUCUGUCAGUACCGAGGAGUCCUAACCAAAACACACUGUCUCACAGCCUCACAGGCACCACCACCCGUACUGGAAACCCAAGGCCUGUUUGAUAACCGCCAAGAUGUCCACCUCAGUUUUGUGGCAGGAGUGGUCCAUCCAUGGAAGGUCCCCUCAUUUGAGCGAUUGCUGUGGCGGGCAUGUCGCGGUUAUAUUGUGGUGGAUUUCAGAGAAAUGGAAGAUCGUCUCGAGCACCCAGACACGGGGGAAAUGGUGCAAUGGACUGUGUUUCUUAUUUCCUAUUGGGGAGAUCAAAUUGGACAGAAAGUCAAGAAGAUCUGUGAUUGCUUCCGCACACAGACAUUUGCAUACCCUGAGAGCACUGCUGAAAGAGAGGAGGUUCUCCAGGGACUUCAAGGCAGAAUUGAAGAUAUCAAAUCAGUGUUAUCUCAGACGGAGGCCUUCCUGCAGCAGCUACUGAUGCGGGCGGUGACUGUGCUGCCGCAGUGGAAGGUUCGGGUCCAGAAGUGCAAGGCGGUCCAGAUGGUCUUAAACCUUUGCAGCCCCUCCGUCACUGACAAAUGCCUAAUCGCUGAGGCCUGGUGUCCCAUCGCCAAGCUGCCUGAACUGCAGAGCGCACUGCGGGAGGGAGGGAGGAAGAGUGGCAGCGGGGUUGACUCUUUCUACAACCGCCUGCCUUCCUCCACCCCUCCACCUACCUUGUUCCCCCUCAACUCUUUCACAGCUGGUUUCCAGAACAUCGUGGACGCCUACGGGGUGGCCAGCUACCGUGAAGUCAAUCCAGCGGUGUACACCAUAAUUACAUUCCCCUUCCUGUUUGCUGUGAUGUUCGGGGAUGUGGGUCACGGUUUACUGAUGACUCUGGCUGCCCUAUGGAUGGUUCUUGAGGAGAGGGACCCCAAACUUAAAAACAACAACAAUGAGAUCUGGAAGAUGAUGUUUGGAGGAAGGUAUCUGAUUCUUCUGAUGGGACUGUUUUCUAUCUACACGGGGGCUAUUUACAAUGAGUGCUUCAGCAGAGGCCUCAGCACCUUCAGCUCAUCGUGGCACGUCGGCCCCAUGUUUGAGAAGAACAUCUGGAAUUCGUCAGUCCUGGCAGGGAGCCAGUACUUGUCCAUGGAUCCUGUUGUGCCUGGUGUUUUCACCGACCCAUAUCCAUUCGGCAUAGACCCGGUCUGGGGAUUGUCCAACAACAAACUAACUUUCCUUAACUCGUACAAGAUGAAAAUGUCCGUCAUUAUUGGUGUCAUUCACAUGACGUUUGGAGUCUGCUUGUCAUUCUUCAACUACUUGCACUUUCGGCAGAUAAGCAGUGUGUUCUUCGUGUUGAUCCCUGAGCUGUUCUUCAUGUUGUGUCUGUUUGGAUAUCUGGUGUUUAUGGUCAUCUUCAAGUGGAUUGUCUACACUCCUGACCAGUCCAAAAUAGCUCCCAGUAUACUCAUCCACUUCAUAGACAUGUUCCUCUUCACAGACAACCCCAGCAACCCCGAACUCUAUAAAGGACAGACGGUGGUGCAGAAGGUCCUUGUGGUGCUGGCUCUGUGUUCUGUCCCAGUCCUCCUACUGGGGAAACCCAUCAGUGAAUACAUCACAUUCAAGAAAAGAAGACGUCAAUUGGAGGAAGACAGACGUCCACUGGUGCCCGAUGAUGGCUCCAUCAACACACGUCAAGGGGAGGUGGAGGGAGGAACUACUGAAGAGGAGGAGUUUGAUGCUGCAGAUGUGUUCAUGCAUCAGGCCAUCCACACUAUAGAGUACUGCUUGGGAUGCAUCUCCAACACCGCCUCUUACCUCCGACUGUGGGCCCUCAGUUUGGCGCACGCACAGCUGUCAGAGGUGCUGUGGGUGAUGGUGAUGCGUAUCGCCCUAAGGUGGCAGGGCUAUGUGGGAUCUAUAGUUCUCUUUGUGAUUUUCGCCUUCUUUGCUGUGUUGACCAUCUCCAUCCUGCUGGUUAUGGAGGGCCUCUCAGCUUUCCUGCACGCACUCCGUCUGCAUUGGGUGGAGUUUCAGAACAAGUUCUACAGUGGAUCAGGCUACAAGCUGAACCCUUUCUCCUUCUCAUCUAUGAUCAAUGCGUCCGCUGCUAUAUGAUUGGCCAAAUAAUUAAUUAGGAUUGCCAAAUGGUUAUUAAUUUAUGUAUCUUGUUGUGAGUACUUUGACUGCAGCACAUCAGAAUAGCCCUGUCGUAACAAUGUUAUUAUAUCGACUGAGGUUAUGAGAUGGUUUACUUGACUUGCACAAUGAUCAUGAUGGUAUAGACUGUUAUUUUUCCAUCAGUAGAAUGAUAAUAAUACAAUUCCUGUUGAAGGAAUUACAAUUGAAUUAUGUAAAAUGAAAAAAUAUAUACUUUUGUAUCCCCUUGCUAAUUUCUUUCCACUAUCAGUGUUAUGUACUGCUUUCUAAUUACUCUUUCAGUAGCUUAAUCAUUAACUUUUCACUGUAUGAACAUUUAUCAUAAGUAUCAUUUUGAAAAGGGAAAAGCAGGUCAAUUAAGUAAUCUGUUCAGCAGUUUAAGGGAAUGUAUGCUUGUUCAAUUGAUGUAUUGAGCUUCAAUUAGCCAGUCCUGUAACAGCAGGGAAUUAUCUGAAUGAUUUUCUUGAGCCAAAGAUACUUUUCCCACAUCGUCAUGUCUUCCAAGCACAACUUGCAACAGCUGUUUUAGUGGUAGUAAAGGUUUUUGUCGUGCCUUACCGAGACUGAGUGCUUGUUUAUCAAUUUAGUCUUUGGAUCAGAUUAGAUCGUCCAUCGUUAUCAUGCCACCACUUUAAACAACACUCUGCCUGGGACAUUUUGUUUUUUCUUUAUGUCAGUUUGCACUCUUAAAAUUGAUAAAAUCUGAACUUAAAUUAAAUAUGAUUUUCUUGUUUAA